GGCGCCCUGCAUCCUCCCGGGCGGUGGGUGGAGCUGGGGUCUGGGCUGCGAGAUGGAGGAGAAGGGGCGGCGCUGCGGCCACCCUGCAGAAGGAAGAGACCUUUCUCUCUGAAGAUGAACUCCACGGACCACUUCCCGGACGCUGCCAACACCACCUGGCCCCUGCCUGGCGCCCCGGGGAGAAACGGCACCGCCCUGCAGGAGGGUCUCCACGUUCUGGUCCACACGGCCACCUUGGUGACCUGUACUUUCCUGCUCGUGAUCAUCUUCUGCCUGGGCUCCUACGGCAACUUCAUCGUCUUCCUGUCCUUCUUUGAUCCGGCCUUCAGGAAGUUCAGAACCAACUUCGAUUUCAUGAUCCUGAACCUGUCCUUCUGUGACCUCUUCAUCUGCGGAGUCACGGCCCCCAUGUUCGCCUUCGUGCUGUUCUUCAGCGGAGUCCCGGAUGCUUUCUGCUUCACCUUCCACCUCACCAGCUCCGGCUUCAUCAUCAUGUCCCUCAAGACAGUGGCCGUGAUCGCCCUGCACCGGCUCCGCAUGGUGCUGGGGAAGCAGCCGAACCGCACGGCCUCCUUCCCCUGCACCCUGCUCCUCACGCUGCUUCUCUGGGCCGCCAGUUUCACCCUCGCCACCAUGGCCACCCUCAAGACCCGCAAGUCCCACCUCUGCCUCCCCAUGUCCAGCCUGGUGGCUGGAGAAGGGAAAGCCGUCCUGUCUCUCUAUGUGGUCGACUUCACCUUCUGUGUUGCUGUGGUCUCUGUUUCUUACAUCAUGAUUGCUCAGACCCUGCGGAAAAAUGCUCAAGUCAGAAAAUGCCCCCCUGUGAUCACAGUGGAUGCUUCCAGGCCGCAGCCUUUCAUGGGGGCGCCUGGGAAGGGAGGUGGAGACCCCAUCCAGUGCACCGUGCCCGCUCUAUACAGGAACCAGAAUUACAACAAACUGCAGCACGUUCAGACCCAUGGAUACACUCAGAGUCCCAACCAGCUGCCAACCCCUGCAGCCAGCCGGCUCCAGCUGGUAUCAGCUGUCAAUCUCUCCACAGCGAAGGAUUCCAAAGCGGUGGUCACCUGUGUGGUCAUCGUGCUGUCGGUCCUGGUAUGCUGUCUUCCACUGGGGAUUUCCUUGGUGCAGGUGGUUCUGUCCGGAAGUGGGAGCUUCAUCCUUUACCAGUUCGAGCUGUUUGGAUUCACCCUUAUAUUUCUCAAGUCAGGAUUAAACCCUUUUAUAUAUUCCCGGAACAGUACAGGGCUGAGAAGGAAGGUGCUCUGGUGCCUCCAAUACAUUGGCCUGGGAUUUUUCUGCUGCAAACAGAAGACUCGCCUUCGAGCCAUGGGCAAAGGGAACCUCGAGGUCAACAGGAACAAAUCCUCCCAUCAUGAAACAAACUCUGCCUACAUGUUGUCUCCAAAGCCCCAGAAGAAAUUCGUGGACCAGGCUUGUGGCCCAAGUCAUUCGAAGGAAAGUGUGGUCAGUCCCAAGAUCUCCGCUGGACAUCAACACUAUGGUCAGAGCAGCUCCACGCCCAUCAACACUCGGAUGGAACCGUACUACAGCAUCUAUAACAGCAGCCCAUCCCAGGACGAGAACAUCCCCUGUAACUUACAGCCGGUAAACGCAUUUGGGUUUGCCAGUUCAUAUGUUGCCAUGCAUUACCACACCACUAACGACUUAUUGCAAGAAUGUGACAGUGCGUCGGCCAGGCCGAUUCCCGUCCCCUCUGUUUAG